AUGAAUCGCGGCAUGGAGCACUUGUCCGUCACGACAGCCAGCAUUGGCCUGUUGGCUGUCGGCGGCAAGAUCCUCGACAUGUUGCUGGAGGUGAACACAGUGCUGAGCCCAAGCACCACACUUCUCAACGAAGCCAUGUUGGAAUCCAAACAAUGCCGCUCCUCCGCCCAUAUUCUAUACAAAACACUUUGCCUGCUCGAAUCCGCGCGCCUGCCUUUUCCAGAGCGCAGUACAUGGAUUCAAGCUGAUGAUGUCGUUGUUACUAUGGCGGACACCGUCUUGGCAUUUUCGGAGCUGCAAGAUGUGUGUUACGCCAUCGAAAACCUACUUUCAGCCUCAACCGACCACACCAUAAUUUGCGAGAAAUUUGACCCCAAGCUGCGCAGUCUGUGCGCGCGCAUCCGCUGGCACAACCUCUCCAUGACCAUGAUGACAACCGUCCUGCAAUGUCCUGGUCUAGUCGAUGCGGAAAACAGUCGCGCAAGCCUAGAAAAGCGUAUCAUCCGCUUGCUCUCUUCCAACUCCGAACUUGCCAACCGCAUGCGAACUUUGAUCGAUGUGUUUGCCAAUAUCCACGGCCCUGCUGGCUCACUCGUUAAUUAUCGUCUGGCUGCUCAGCAGCGGAUUGCAGAAGAAGACGUUGCGUCUUCCUCCAGCUCACAGGGCUCAGGCCGACGGGGAGCAUGGUCGACGCUCUCUGGUUACACCUUGGCUGACAUGCCGAUAAUGUCCGUCAUCCCGAUCCCUGUAACCGUCGGUGAGCUGCUCGAUGGUGAGCAGUUUUACACAUUCGAGUUUGCACGUCGGGUAAGCCACGACUUGAGCGAGCUCAUGAAGGCUGAGGCCGGCCAAGGGACUAGUCGGUCCCUGGGAUUCAUUCUCGGCAAGCCUGCCAACUUUGCACAUUACAACAGCAGUUCCAGAAAUAUCAAGGCCGCCUCGGAGCCGAUAUUACCGUCGACAAACCCAACUGUCGUAGUCCCUCAGCCGCGGAAGAAGAAGAAGCGGUGGAGGUGA